AUGGUACUGAGAGCCAGUUUGCUGACCUGUGGGAUCUGCCAGGUCCUCAUCAGCCCAGACUCGCUCACAGGAGUGGAGAAGUACCGGACCGUUCUGACCUUAGAAAACGUCCCAGAAGAUGUCCUGGAGUUCCGCUGGUACCGGGGCACGGACAACAGUACAGGAAACAUGAUUUUCAGCUAUACACCUCCCAAUACCCGAUACCCUGGACCCUUGUACAGUGGUCGCGAGAACGUGACCCGUACGGGGAGCCUGGUGAUAAGGCAGUCGGCGUUGAAUGACACCGGAUACUACACUGCUGAGGUGGGCACUAGCAACGGGACCCAAAGAGCGACUGGCUGGCUCGAGAUUCUAAAAUUGAGAAACAAUCCAGGCAUCUCCGCCAACGCCUCAGCCAAUGGCAGCGUCCUGGUGGAAGGCAUGGAUUCCGUGGCUGCCAGAUGUCUUACCAACUCCUCGAACAUCAAGUGGUAUGUGAAUUUGGUACCAACUUCAGGCAGUAACCGCAUAACGAUUUCCCCGGAUGGCAAGACUCUGGACAUCCACAGGGUCAGUCGCUAUGACCACAGUCUUCAAUGUGCCAUAGAAGAUUUUCCAGAAAUACUUCAGAGAAGUGAGGAGAUACCCCUGACUGUGGCCUAUGGGCCAGACUAUGUGUCACUGUGGACCCAGCCCGAUGUCUUUGAUGGUGUGCUGACUGCUGCCAUUGGUUCCAGUGUGCAGCUGGAAUGCACCUGUUUCUCCAGGCCAGAACCCAGGUACCACUGGAUCCAUAACGGCUCCCUCCUAAGCGUCUCAGAGGAGAACAUGACCCUCCCCAGCCUGAAGUGGGAGCAAAUGGGCAUUUACCGGUGUAUUGUGGAGAACACAGAGACCCAGCUGGCCUUCUACAGGGAAGUCACCAUCCAGCCACCUCGACCUCAGCCUACUGUCCACAGAGAGUUCUACAUCUCAGGGUCUUUGGUGAUAUUUCUCAUCAUAUUGGCAUCCCUGGGCAGUGCCUACAUCUGUGGGAUGCUCGUCUACAGCCUGUUUAUACUCUGCUCCAGAAGGUAAUGAUCUUUCUACAUCAC